CCAGGCGUCACUGCAGAAAGGUAGGAAACUGCCUCGUGGUCGUGACUGCUGACGACGUCUCCGGCGAUUUCUACUAAAGCGCACUCUUCUACUUGUCCUCCACUCAAUUGACAUCCAAUUCAGCUGACUGAGCAGCAUGAUCAACACAACCUGGACCGCCCCCUCCCUCUGGACGCUGUCCUGCAUCAUCCUGGUCGUCUAUGUCCUCGCCCUGUUUCCAAUCGCAUACAUAUUCUACAAGCAUAAGAAACGCGGCCUUCAAGCUUGGAUCCACCUCACCAUAUUUGUUCUUCUUCAACUCGCCGGCUAUGGAAUCAUAGCAGGCGUCGGGCAAGCGACUGCUCCGCCGUUUUUCGCCCCAGUUCUGGCGUCUAUCGCACUGUCACCGCUCAUGGUUGGCACAGCAGCAGUGCUCCACGAAUGGUUCACCACUACGCGAGUUGCCAAUGUCGAGAAGAACCAGACGACGGCGCAAUGGUUGCUGAACGCAUUCCACCUCAUCGGGAUAUUUGCACUGGGUCAAAUCCUAGCUGGCGAGCUUCUGCUGGGCCAAGGAGGUGCUCCUGCCUUCGCUCGGCCUCUUCUCCAAUCCGGGGCUUUCCUACUCUCAGUGCUGUUCCUGACACUCUGCUUUGCGACUUUUGGACUUUGGUGGCAUCACUCAAAAGGAAGCUCCUCGUCGCUGAUCUGGUCUGUCCUUCUUGUUCUACCUUUCCUCGGGCUACGCUACGUCUACGAAGUCGUCACGGCUUGGGAUGAUGCCCCGGACCUUGAUCAGAUCUUCGGCAGCCUGACCUAUCGAGCGGCAUUGCAGGUCGUACCACAGACUGUUGCACUUCUGAUUCUGAUCGUGGGCGCUGUGAUGGCACGAAAUGUCAAUGAGGAUACUCGACUUGGUCAACACGAGCCGAUUGGAGAGCCUCUGGAUCAUGCUGGGAGUGCGGAGCAAGACAACAAAGGCUGAACAGAGCUGUUCUUCGAAGAAUGCCCCUCGCAACACAUCCAUCAUACGUUAGCGCGCUGAACCACACUGCGCCAUGAGAAUGUGCCUUGAAACGGACCAGAGUUCUCUUCAGAAAUGGCUUCGAACCUGUCUGUCAUGCGUGACAUCGAACGGAAACUUGAGAUUUGCGAUGAACGGAGCCGCACAGUAGAGAUAUCUACGCAGCCUAGCUACCGGAAUGCAUUUCAAACCAAUCAAUCAUUACACGAACUGAAUGAAUAUGGGAUCCCAUGCGACUAGCCUCGAACUGGUUGCCGAUAUACGCUACAGAGGUGAUAGAACCCUCUGGCAGCGUUGUUAUCGAGGCACAAACAGCGUGCGCCAUGACAGCAAGCUGCAGGUGCAAGAAUUGUUGUCCAGUUUGCGAUGAAUUCAGGCACCACUGGGAUUUCACAAUCAGUCUCACGAGUCCAAUGGCUUAAUCCUUGACAAACAGAGAAGGGACACAGAACCAGAAACUUAUAGAGAAACAGUAGUAUCAAAAUGGCAAUGGCCCA